GUUGUGUUUUUUAUAACGAGAGCUUUCAGUGUUUUUCUUCUUGAUUAUCCCAGAAAGGUUUUUAUCCAACUAUUACUGCCUGCUUUUACCUUUUUUAAGGUUAUACAAUAAUCAGCCGGUCAGCCUUCAAAUGUGUAGCUAUUUACCUAAAAGCUGCUGUUAAUCUUUACAAGACCUCAACACUCUGGUUUCCAGCGAGACAGAAUGAUCAUCUAACAAGUUUGUGUGCAGUUACAUGAAAACACCCUUCAUGUCCUCUGGUGUGGACUCUGCUAUGGAUCAGUGUGAGGACAGAGAGGAGGGAGUCCCCCCCUCUAAAACCAGUCUGUGUGGGGAACAUGGCACAAGGACCAGAGCUCAGAGCCCAGAGCAGCAGAAACAAGACUCUCCUGGACUUGGACUUGGACUUGGACCUGGACCUGAACCCAGCUGUGUGUCCAUCAAGAAUGAAGUGUCCAUGGAGCCUUCUUAUAAUUUUAAAGGGCAACAUUGUUCUGAAACACACUUUCAGAGACCUGACUCUGCUGUGACCAGUUGUGUGUCAAUCAAGAGUAACUGGUCUAUGGAUAAACCAAAUGAUUUUAAUGGACAACAAACUUCUGAAAUGCAGAUCCAGCAGCAAAGACAAGACUGUUGUGUGCCCAUCAGUGUGUCCAUAAAGAGUGACGUCUCUAUGGAUAAACCUCUCUACUUCAAAGAUAAGGAAAACUCUGCCAAGCAAAGAGUUGAUCAGGAUAAAUCAGAUGUUCCCAGUGGUCAGUCUGCACAGCAGCAUCAAACAGAUCUGGACUCCAUAUUUAUGUUGCUUGAGGACAAUAUUGUCAGUUUUGUGAAAAACGAACUGAAGAGGUUUCAGAGGGUUCUGAGUCCAGAUUACCCAGAAUGCUUAGAGAGUCAGAAGGAGGAUGAGGAGGUGUUGGACGGUGAGGAUGAAGAGCAGAGGAUGAGCAGCAGAGAGGCAUUUCUGAAGAUCACACUGCACUUCCUGAGGAGAAUGAAGCAGGAGGAGCUGGCUGACUGUCUGCAGAGCACAAAUCAGCUGUGCCGGUGUAAACUCAAGUCUAACCUGAAGAAGAAGUUCCAGUGUGUGUUUGAGGGGACUACUAAACCAGGAAACCCAACCCUUCUGGAUCAGAUCUACACAGAGCUCUACAUCACAGAGGGAGGGAUUGCAGAGGUCAAUGAUGAACAUGAGGUCAGACAGAUUGAAACGGCAUCCAGGAAACCAGACAGACCAGAAACAACAAUCAGACAAGAAGACAUCUUCAAACCCUCACCUGGAAGAGAUAAACCAAUCAGAACAGUGAUGACAAAUGGAGUGGCUGGCAUUGGGAAAACAGUCCUAACACAGAAGUUCACUCUGGACUGGGCUGAAGACAAAGCCAACCAGGACAUACACUUCACAUUUCCAUUCACUUUCAGAGAGCUGAAUGUGCUGAAAGAGAAAAAGUUCAGCUUGGUGAAACUUGUUCAACACUUCUUUACUGAAACCAAAGAAGCAGGAAUCUGCAGGUUUGAAGAGUUCCAGGUUGUGUUCAUCUUUGAUGGUCUGGAUGAGUGUCGACUUCCUCUGGACUUCCACAACAAUGAGGUCCUGACUGAUGCUACAAAGUCCACCUCAGUGGAUGUGCUGCUGACAAACCUCAUCAAGGGGAACCUGCUUCCCUCUGCUCGCCUCUGGAUAACCACACGAUCUGCAGCAGCCAAUCAGAUCCCUCCUGGGUGUGUUGACAUGGUGACAGAGGUCAGAGGGUUCACUGACCCAAAGAAGGAGGAGUACGAGGAGAGAUUCAGAGAUGAGGAGCAGGCCAACAGAAUCAUCUCCCACAUCAAGACAUCACGAAGCCUCCACAUCAUGUGCCACAUCCCAGUCUUCUGCUGGAUCACUGCUACAGUUCUGGAGGAGGUGUUGAAGACCAGAGAGGGAGGAGCACUGCCUAAGACCCUGACUGAGAUGUACAUCCACUUCCUGGUGGUUCAGUCCAAACUGAAGAACGUCAAGUAUAAUGGGAGAUCUGAGCAAGAUCCACACUGGACUCCAGAGAGCAGGAAGAUGAUUGAGUCUCUGGGAAAACUGGCUUUUGAGCAGCUGCAGAAAGGCAACCUGAUCUUCUAUGAAUCAGACCUGACAGAGUGUGGCAUCGAUGUCAGAGCAGCCUCAGUGUACUCAGGAAUGUUCACACAGAUCUUUAGAGAGGAAGGACUGUACCAGGUCAAGGUGUUCUGCUUCGUCCAUCUGAGCGUUCAGGAGUUUCUGGCUGCUCUUCAUGUCCAUCUGACAUUCAUCAACUCUGGUGUCAAUCUGCUGUCAGAAGAACAAUCAACCUCCCAGUUGUCUAAAGUCUUCAGAGAAAAACCUAAACUAAAAGAUCUCUACCAGAGUGCUGUGGACAAGGCCUUACAGAGUCCAAAUGGACACCUGGACUUGUUCCUUCGCUUCCUCCUGGGUCUUUCACUGGAGACCAAUCAGACUCUCCUACGAGGCCUGCUGACACAGACAGAAAAUAGCUCUGAGACCAAUCAGGAAACAGUCCAGCACAUCAAAAAGAAGAUCAGUGACAAUCUCUCUGCAGAGAGAAGCAUCAAUCUGUUCCACUGUCUGAAUGAAAUGAAUGAUUGUUCUCUAGUGGAGGAGAUCCAACAGUACCUGAGAUCAGGAAGUCUCUCCACAGAUAAACUGUCUCCUGCUCAGUGGUCAGCUCUGGUCUUCAUCUUACUGUCAUCAGAAAAAGAUCUGGACGUGUUUGACCUGAAGAAAUACUCUGCUUCAGAGGAAGCUCUUCUGAGGCUGCUUCCAGUCGUCAAAGCCUCCAAAAAAUCUGUGCUGAGUGGCUGUAAUCUGUCAGAGAGAAGCUGUGAAGCUCUGUCCUCAGUUCUCAGCUCCCAGUCCUCUAGUCUGAGAGAGCUGGACCUGAGUUACAACGACCUGGAGGAUUCAGGAGUGAAGCUGCUGUCUGCUGGACUGGAGAGUUCACACUGUAGACUGGAAACUCUCAGGCUGUCAGGUUGUCGGGUCACAAAGGAAGGCUGUGCUUUUCUGGCCUCAGCUCUAAGCUCCAACCCCUCCCAUCUGAGAGAGCUGGACCUGAGCUACAAUCAUCCAGGAGACUCAGGAGUGAAGCUGCUGUCUGCUGGACUGGAGAAUCCACACUGGAGACUGGACACUCUCAGGGUGGAUCAUUGUGGUGAAAAGAGGCUGGAACCUGUGAAGUAUUUCUGUGAACUCACACUGGACACAAACACAGCAAACCAACACCUCCAACUGUCUGACAACAACAGGAGGGUGACACGGUUAUGCAAGUGUCAACCAUACCCUGAUCAUCCAGAAAGAUUUAACUACUGCUGGCAGCUGCUGUGUAGAAAUGGUCUGACUGGUCGCUGUUACUGGGAGGUCGAGUGGAGAGGAGAGGUUGUUAUUGCAGUGACUUACAGAGGAAUCAGCAGGAGAGGAAAGGCUUGUGAUUGCAGAUUUGGAUGGAAUGAUCAGUCCUGGAGUCUAUACUGCUCUAAUAAACGAUACUUUGUUUAUCACAAUAAAACAGUGACACCCAUCUCCCAUCCCCCCUCCUCGCACAGAGUAGCAGUGUAUGUGAACUGUCCCGCGGGCACUCUGUCCUUCUACAGAGUCUCCUCUGACACUCUGAUCCACCUCCACACCUUCAACACCACAUUCACUGAACCUCUUUAUCCUGGCUUUGGUUUUGGGCUUGGUUUUAGAUUUAAAAGCAGGUCUUCAGUGUCUCUGUGUGAGCCAUACAGGAGUCUCCUGGAUAAAGAAAGACAGCUGACUGAAAAGAGUGGCUGAAAUGGCUUAAUUUGUAUAAUAUCACACACGUUCAUUAGACAAACCUACACGUCACUGUCACGUCAGUGCACACAGGAAUAGAAGUACUAAGCAAAUCAUAAUAUACACUAUAAUACAAGUAAGAUAAAUUAAAUGCAAAGUAUAAAAGCUAAAAAAAGUGUAAGUACCAAAAGAAGUUGAUAAGUAUGUACGGUAUAAUACAAUGUAAUAACAUAAGUAAUAAGUAAUAGUGCAAUAAUGAGUAC